AUGGCUCAUAUUCAAUUUAUAGAUGAAUUGGUGCGUGAAUAUUUACUUUUUCGUGGUUUUACGUCGACUGUGAAAGCUUUUGACAAUGAUUUGAAGGUUGAUAAAGACAAGGGAUUUAGAGUAGAUAAAAUUGUAGAGCAAAUAGUACAUUACGUUAAUGUUUCGGACCUAAAUGGUUUAAAGGAAUACUGGUCGCAUCUAGACAGCAUCGUAUUUUCAAAAUUAGAGAUACAUGUGCAACCAGCUGUCCGUAAAAUAGAAUAUAGUCUUUACAAAUUAUACUUAGUUACUGCAGCUCAGAGUGCUGGAGGAGUGAGAAAUGAAAAAGUGUCGGAAUUUCUGUCUAAAAUGUUACCUGAGCUGCAGGGUCAAAAUGAGUGGAGAGACUGGUUUAUGUUACCAUACAUUCAAAAACCUGAAGAAAACCCAUCAUUCAGUUUGUACUUCACACGAGCUUGGCAAGACAGUGUGCUUGUGUCCCUCCAUAACCUCUUGGCAACUGUGUUCCAAUGUAUGCCUCAACCUACCUUAACAAGCUAUGAGAGUGAUGCAGCACUAGUGAAGAGAUUGCAGGAUGAAAUUAACGCCUUGAGAGGCAAGACGCAACAGUCCACUGAAAAAACUUCACCAAUCGGCCACCAGUCCCGAUUAGCUCAGUACUCCGAACGCCUCAGUGGGCCUUUGCCCCUGGUCGACGACUUCUGUGCUGUCCCAUCGGAACAACUCGAUAGUGGGCUUCGGGAAGCCCGAGGCUUACGAGGUCUCCUAAGACAGAUGGGAGGAAGCCCUGUUAUGGGUAGGAAGGCUGCAAGGUCGCAAAGUCAAAACUGA